AUGAAGAAGAAACAUGUGGAGGAGUUCCACGAUUAUCCUUACUUAACUACGUUCUUUAAUUGUGCAUUUUUGAUAAAAAUUAUAUGUUGCCUUUUAAUCGAGAUUGUGCUAUUACUCUUUAUUGGCCUUUGUUAUCACCAACUCCGUUAUGAACAUCUUAGUGUGUCUGGCAUGUUCGGAGUUCUGUCUGAUAUCCUCAACAUUAUGAUGUAUGCCUCUCCACUUACCAUCAUGCCAAAGGUCCUAAGAACUAAAAGCGUAAAGUACAUGCCAUUCUGGCUCUCUGUGGCUACCUUCCUCAACGGUGUGUGCUGGACAAUAUACGCUCUCAUCAACUCCCCCAUUAACAUUUAUGUUCUGAUUAGCGGCAGUUUUGGAACAAUCUCUGGAAUUGUUCAGCUCAUACUAUACUGCUCUUGCAAUGGAGAAAAUGCUGAAAAUACUGAUGAUGUCUCCAAUCCAACUAAGAUUCCAUUUUGA